AUGUACGGAACGUCCACCGGCCCUCAGACGGGCGUGUCGACACCGCGCUCCUCUGCAUCACUGCGACCUCUCGUCCUCAGCCAUGGUUCUCUCGAAUUCUCCUUCUUGGUUCCCACAAACCUCCAUUUCCACGCCUCCCAGAUCAGGGAUCGCUUUAUUGCAUCUCUCCCAGCGUCAACCGAUGAAUUAGCCCAGGAUGACGAGCCCUCGUCCGUCCCAGAGCUGGUCGCGCGAUACCUUGGCUUCGUUGCAGAAGAUGUGGAUGAGGGCGAAGACGAUGCGCAAGGCACAUACGCCGAGGUCUUAACACUCGUCCUCAACGAAUUCGAGCGUGCUUUUCUGCGGGGGAACGAAGUCCACGCGCUGACUGCCACGCUUCCCGGCAUCAAUGCGAAGAAACUCGAAGUUGUCCGAAGUUACUAUGCUGCUCGAGCGGCCAUCGGCAGAGCCAUCCGGCCCCAUGAAUCCGCACUCUUCCGCGCAGCCAGCGACGAGAGCGCGAAGGUGUACAGCGUUUUCGGUGGACAGGGCAACAUCGAAGAAUACUUUGACGAGCUCCGCGAACUCUACCGCGCCUACCCCUCCUUCGUAGAGGAUUUGGUGGUGUCGGCCGCCGAGCUACUGCAAAAUCUGUCUAGGGAUCCAAGGGCAGUAAAGCUGUACUCGAAGGGACUGGAUGUGAUGGCAUGGCUCCAUGAUCCGGAGGCAACCCCAGAUGUCGAUUAUAUGGUGUCGGCGCCUGUUAGCUUCCCGCUGAUUGGGCUUGUGCAACUUGCACAUUAUACCGUUACCUGUAAGAUACUUGGUCUUACGCCAGGUCAGUUUCGGGAACGGUUAAGUGGUACAACCGGUCACUCUCAGGGCGUUGUUAUGGCGGCGGCUACCUCGGCCGCGGAUUCCUGGGAGUCUUUUGAUGAUAUUGCCAUUUCGGCCCUCACGAUCCUCUUCUGGAUUGGAUCACGAAGUCAACAAACAUAUCCCACAACCUCACUCGCCCCCUCAAUCCUGCAAGACUCUGUCGAUAAUGGAGAAGGCACCCCCACACCCAUGCUUAGCAUUCGGGAUCUUUCACGGGCUCAGGUCCAGCAGCACAUCGAUGCUACAAACCAAUACCUUCCCGAGGAUCGCCAUAUCGCCAUUUCUCUGGUUAACAGUGCACGAAAUCUGGUGGUUACUGGCCCACCCAUCUCCCUCUAUGGUCUCAACCUCCAACUCCGAAAAGUCAAAGCACCCACCGGCCUUGAUCAAACGCGCAUCCCCUUCACGGAACGAAAGGUCCGAUUUGUCAAUCGGUUCUUGCCGAUUACCUCGCCAUUCCAUAGCAAAUACCUCGCCGGUGCCACACCACAACUAGCCGAAGAUCUCAAAAAUGUUGAGAUUGAUAGCAAGCUCUUGGCGAUCCCUGUGUAUGAUACGAACACCGGAAAUGACAUCAAAACCGAAGUAAAGGGCAACAUCGUACCGACACUUGUCCGCCUGAUUACGCAUGAUCCUGUUAACUGGGAGAAAGCAACCGUUUUCCCAAGGGCGACUCAUGUGCUUGAUUUUGGGCCUGGUGGCAUCUCUGGCCUCGGUGUCCUGACUAGCCGUAACAAAGAAGGAACUGGUGUUCGUGUGAUCUUAGCUGGGGCGAUUGAUGGUACAAUCCCAGAGGUUGGCUACAAGCCAGAGCUCUUUGAUAGAGAUGAGGAGCACGCAGUAAGAUACGCUGUGGAUUGGGUCGAAGAGCACGGUCCUCGCUUGAUCAAGAACUCAACCGGCCAAACCUAUGUCGAUACCAAGAUGAGCAGACUUUUAGGCGUACCCCCCAUUAUGGUUGCAGGUAUGACACCUUGCACUGUGCCAUGGGAUUUCGUUGCAGCGACAAUGAACGCCGGUUACCAAAUUGAAUUGGCCGGUGGUGGUUACUAUAAUGCCAAAACUAUGACCGAGGCUUUAAGAAAGAUCGAGAAUGCUAUUCCUACAGGACGCGGUAUCACAGUCAACCUUAUCUACGUCAAUCCCCGUGCCAUGCAAUGGCAAAUCCCACUUCUUGGCCAGCUACGUGCCGAGGGUGUUCCUAUUGAAGGCUUGACCAUCGGCGCCGGUGUUCCUUCAAUUGACGUUGCUCAAGAGUAUAUUGAGACACUUGGAUUGAAGCACAUUUCUUUCAAGCCAGGUUCCGUUGAGGGAAUUCAGGCCGUGAUCAACAUCGCAAAAGCCAACCCGUCAUUCCCAGUUCUCCUUCAAUGGACCGGUGGUCGUGGUGGUGGACAUCAUUCAUUUGAAGAUUUUCAUCAACCCAUCCUUCAAAUGUAUGGUCGCAUCAGACGAAGCGAUAACAUCAUUUUGGUGGCAGGCAGUGGAUUCGGUGGCGCUGAGGAUACAUACCCUUACCUCACUGGCGAAUGGUCCGCCAAAUACGGUUACCCACCCAUGCCAUUCGAUGGGUGUCUCUUUGGUAGCCGUAUGAUGACUGCGAAGGAAGCCCAUACGAGCAAAAAUGCGAAGAAGGCAAUCACUGAGGCAGAAGGUUUAGAUGACGGUGAGUGGGAAAAGACCUACAAAGGGCCCGCUGGAGGUGUUAUCACUGUUAGAUCCGAGAUGGGAGAGCCAAUCCAUAAACUUGCCACCCGAGGUGUCAUGUUCUGGGCUGAGAUGGAUGCAAAGAUCUUCAGCUUGCCAAAGGAGAAACGUGUCCCAGAGCUCAAGAAGAACCGCGACUACAUCAUCAAGAAGCUCAACGAUGACUUCCAGAAGGUCUGGUUUGGACGCAACAAGGCCGGUGAGACUGUUGACCUUGAGGAUAUGACCUAUGGCGAGGUCGUUCGGCGUAUGGUCGAUCUGAUGUACGUGCGGCACGAAUCUCGCUGGAUUGACAAAUCCUACACAAGGUUGACCGGCGAUUUCAUCCGUCGUGUUGAGGAGCGCUUUACGCCAAAUCAAGGAAGUCCAUCGCUGCUCCAGAGCUAUUCGGAACUCGAUACCCCAUAUGCAACCGUCCAGAGAAUCUUAGUCGCCUAUCCCGAGGCCGAGACCCAACUCAUUAACGCACAAGAUGUCCAGCACUUCUUGCUCCUAUGCCAACGCCGCGGCCAGAAGCCAACCACCUUUGUUCCCGCGCUGGAUGAGAACUUUGAGCUAUUCUUCAAGAAGGAUUCUUUGUGGCAAUCAGAGGAUCUCGAGGCUGUUAUAGAUCAGGACGUGGGCCGAACUUGUAUCUUGCAAGGCCCCAUGGCUGCCAAGUACUCCAAGGUCGUUGACGAGCCUAUUAAGGAUAUUCUUGACGGCAUCCAUAACGCCCAUAUCAAGGGCUUGACCAGAGACACCUACAAUGGGAAUGAGUCCGCCAUUCCAGUGAUCGAAUAUUUCGGUGGCAAGCUUAUUGACUCGGAGCAAGAGGUCGAUCUAGAAGGCCUCACCAUCUCGCAAGACACUGAUAAAACGACAUACCGCAUCUCAUCUUCUGCCGCCGUUCCACUCCCACCUUUGGAUGUCUGGCUAUCUCUACUCGCUGGCCACAAACGAUCAUGGAGGUAUGCACUGUUCUCCUCUGAGGUCUUCGUUCAAGGGCAGAAGUUCCAAACAAACCCAAUGAAGCGAAUCUUUGCCCCUGUUCGUGGCCUGUUCAUCGAGAUUUCUCACCCCAGUGAUCCCACAAAGACCGUCAUCACCGUGAAGGAGCAACCAAGACCCAAUAAAUAUGUCGAGGUUAUUAAUGUUAGAUUGACCAACAAGAACGAGAUCUUAGUCAACAUGAUUAAGGAUACCACAGCCGUUGGAAAGCCUGUUGCUUUGCCACUUAUCUUCACAUACCAUCCUGAGGCUGGCUAUGCACCCAUCCGUGAGGUUAUGCAAGGUCGAAAUGACCGUAUCAAGGAGUUCUACUGGCGGGCGUGGUUCGGAAACGAGCCUCUAGACCUUGAUGCCUCAGUCAGGGGCAAAUUCGACGGUGGCAAGGCUACGAUUACAAGCGAGGCUAUCAACGACUUCGUAUAUGCUGUUGGUAAUACUGGAGAGGCGUUCGUCGACAGACCUGGAAAGGAAGUUUUGGCUCCCAUGGAUUUCGCCAUUGUGGUUGGCUGGAAGGCCAUCACAAAGCCCAUAUUCCCAAAGAGCAUUGACGGUGAUCUCCUCAAGCUCGUCCAUCUUUCCAAUGGAUUCCGCAUGCUUCCUGGUGCCGAACCUUUGAAGAAGGGCGAUGAAGUUGAAACUACCGCCCAGAUCAAUGCUGUAGUCAACCAAGACUCCGGCAAAAUGGUAGAGGUUUGUGGUACCAUCAAACGUGAAGGACGUCCAGUUAUGGAGGUCACCUCGCAGUUCCUGUACCGUGGCGUCUAUACCGAUUUCGAGAACACCUUCCAGCGUAAGACAGAGACACCAAUGCAGAUCCACCUAGCAACGAGCAAGGAUGUCGCUGUUUUGCAAUCCAAGGAAUGGUUCAACCUAGAUGAGCCUAGUCAUGAGUUACUUGGCCAGACCUUGACAUUCCGUCUCCAGAGUUUGGUGCGCUUCAAGAACACUACUGUGUUCAGUAGCGUGGAGACCAGAGGACAAGUCCUCUUAGAACUCUCAACCAAAGAGAUCAUCCAAGUCGCUAGCGUUGAUUACGAGGCAGAUGUUUCCCACGGAAAUCCGGUCAUCGACUAUCUCCAAAGACAUGGGUCGUCGAUUGAGCAGCCCAUAAACUUUGAGAACUCCAUCCCGUUGAAUGGAAAGACACCACUACUCCUCAGGGCUCCCGCUUCUAACGAACCAUACGCACGUGUCUCUGGGGACUACAACCCAAUUCACGUAUCCCGUGUCUUCGCAAGCUAUGCCAACCUGCCCGGCACCAUUACGCACGGCAUGUACUCCAGCGCCGCAGUUAGAAGUCUGGUAGAGACCUGGGCUGCUGAGAACAAUGUCGGCCGCGUAAGAAGCUUCCACGCUUCGCUGACUGGCAUGGUGCUCCCCAAUGAUGACAUCGAGGUCAAGCUACAGCAUGUCGGCAUGGUUGCCGGUCGGAAGAUCAUCAAGGUCGAGGCAAUGAACAAGGAGACCGAAGACAAAGUCUUGCUUGGUGAAGCUGAAGUCGAACAACCUGUAUCUGCCUAUGUGUUCACUGGACAAGGUUCACAAGAGCAAGGUAUGGGCAUGGAGCUCUAUGCCAGCAGCCCUGUUGCGAAGGAGGUAUGGGAUCGGGCCGACAAGCACUUCAUGGAUAACUAUGGUUUUGCAAUCACCAACAUUGUCAAGAACAAUCCUAAAGAGCUCACCAUCCACUUUGGUGGCCCUCGAGGCAAGGCCAUCCGCCAGAAUUAUAUGGCUAUGACUUUCGAAACUGUGGGUGUUGAUGGUUCUACCAAAUCGGAGAAGAUCUUCAAGGAGAUUGAUGAGCGUACUACCUCAUACACAUAUCGGUCGCCAACUGGUCUGCUUUCCGCGACACAAUUUACCCAACCUGCCUUGACCCUGAUGGAAAAGGCCAGUUUCGAAGACAUGCGGUCAAAGGGCCUCGUGCAACGAGAUAGCAGUUUUGCUGGGCAUUCGCUCGGAGAAUACUCUGCUCUUGCUGCUCUGGCUGAUGUCAUGCCUAUUGAGAGUUUGGUUUCCGUUGUCUUCUACCGAGGUCUCACUAUGCAAGUCGCCGUCGAGCGGGACGAGUCCGGCAGAUCCAACUACUCCAUGUGCGCCGUCAACCCCAGCAGAAUCUCCAAGACAUUCAACGAGGAGGCUCUGCAGUACGUCGUGGGCAAUAUUACCGAGGAGACUGGUUGGCUCCUAGAGAUUGUCAAUUACAACAUCGCCAACAUGCAAUACGUCUGCGCUGGUGACCUCCGCGCCCUCGAUACCCUCACAGGCGUGACCAACUACCUCAAAGCCCAGAAGAUCGAUAUCCAGCAACUAAUGCAGACCCUCUCCCUGGAAGACGUCAAAGCACACUUGGUAGAAAUAAUCCGCGAAUGCGCAAAGCAAACAGAGGCGAAACCCAAACCACUCGAUCUGCAACGCGGCUUCGCCACCAUCCCCCUCAAGGGCAUCGAUGUCCCCUUCCACUCGACCUUCCUACGAUCUGGCGUCAAGCCUUUCCGCUCCUUCCUGCUCAAGAAGAUCAACAAGACGACGAUUGAUCCGAGCAAGCUCAUUGGGAAGUAUAUCCCCAACGUGACCGCCCGGCCAUUCGAGCUCACCAAGGAAUACUUCGAGGAUGUUUAUCGGUUGACGAACUCGCCGAAGAUCGGGGCGGUGUUGGCCAAUUGGGAGAAGUACCAGGAUGAGGGGGCGAUAACUAAUGGGGUUAAUGGAGUAUCGCACACCAAUGGCGUGGACGGUGUUGGUAGUGACGAUGAUGAUAGUGUGGACGGUGUUAAUGGCGUGAAUGGUACCCAUUAG